AUGUCUGUCCCCAAGAGCAUACCCACUAAAAACCUCACGAUGUUCCUACGCGCACCUAGCGCCGGAGCCGUGGGGUCCCUUUCAGAUGCUACCAUGACUCCGGUGGUAGUCACCGAAACAGCCGUGUCCGGUGAGUACCUGCACAAGACGGUAGGUGAGGAACCCGUGCCUCCUCUUCCUCCAAUCGGCCAAUACCGGGAGCAGCGCCUGGAUGGGACGGAGCCAAUGACAUAUCACUGGUGGUUCAACAGUUCGACACACAGCAAGCACGAAUUAACCACCCCUACUAUGAAUACGGCACAAAAUUCACAAAGUACGUUUCUUUACAUGGUGAACACAUCAUCUGAUUAUGGAUGGGUGCAAUGUUCAGGAUCGAACUCAGUAGGGCGACAAAGUAAACCAUGUCUCUUUCACAUUUUGCCAGCUGAUAAACCGUCAUCCUUAAAAGCCUGUGAAAUCACCAAUGUUACUUAUGAGUCUCUUACACUGAAUUGUACACCGGGCCAUGAUGGAGGAUUACGACAGUCCUUUCUGCUACAAAGAUCACCCGCGGAUCUGUCCUUCAAUAAUAAAAAUGAGAAGGAUAAGCGGCAACAAGAUGAGACCUCAAAUAUUCCCCUGACAGGCACAAAGGAAUCUGAAAGCGUUGACAGUUUGGAUAAAAACCCAGAUAUAAUCCCUCUCGAUGGCAAAAUAAGUGACAGCUGCUCGAAUAAAUCUUCGACAACAGAUUACAGCUCUAUUCGGCCUCUAAUAUCGAAAACACCUUCGGAUAAAUACGACUGUAUACCGCCGAAUUGUGAUCGGUUUUACGACCACAAUAUCGAUCCUUGCAACCAAUACAUUCAGGUCAGACCAAUGGAAUAUAGAGUGCGUCCAAACUAUCAAACCAAUUUAGCAGUGCCGAAUUUAGGUCCCAGUAUACAGAGCCUAGGACCCAUGACAAGUCUAGGUCAUAUGCCGCAUGGGAACGAAUGUCAUAGACAACCAUAUGACAAAGUUUAUGAAGACUGGUUGAAAUAUAAAAACGCUUUGCCGUUGAAUACUAGUGGUUUGCUGCCAGCUGAGCAACUGAUGCCGCCAGAGAUGUACGCCACGCCGCCACCACCGGCCAUUUACAGCAACCCUAGCAGAAACCCGCUUAAUCUAGCUCAGAUGCCUGAACUAGAACCUAGAUACCACCUUGAGCCGCGUUUAAUGGACCGGAGCUGCUCCAACUCACCGCCAGUACGGUUCAACACCGACAACACUGUCUACUUCAACAAGAGUCUGCUCGACCGACACACUAACACAUUGCCGCAUCUAAAAACUAGGAUUAAUGGAAAUUCUUCAGUUCAAGCCACGAGUGAUGGGAAAUCUUGUGCAACGAAAUCAACUGACACCAACAAUGAUGCAACAAAAAUGAAUCAUGAAGUGUAAAAAUUAGUUUUACUUUGUACAACUAAAAAUGUAUAAAUGAGGGAAAAAUAAAAUAUAACCUAACUUGUCGGAGGUACCUAUUAAAAAAAUUUAACAAAACAAUCAGAAAUAUAAAACGAAAAUAUCAAUUUGUUUUAUGGUUUUUGAUUGGUUGAAGAUUACAAGUGGUUUAAGAUGAAAUGCA